UUUGCAAUUUUUAGGGAAAUUGUCCAUUUAUGGAUAAGUUUUGAUUCCUGCCUGCGGCUGUGCUCUCAUAUCUCCCAAACACAAAUCCUGAUCAAACAAAUUUUUUUUUUUUUUUUUUUCUACUGUGUUUCUCAAAACCAACCAUGAAACUAAGGCUAAGAUCAUUUGAAUCCAAAGAAACUCAUAAAAUUGAAGUUCCCAAUACUUUCAAUCUUCAACAACUCAAAGAAUUCUUCUUCCUCCAACUUUUCCCUUCUUCAUCCUCUGCUCUGCAACACCAGAAUCUGCUCUUAUCCCUCAACAGGAAGGAGGAGCUUUGCGGAUCUUCUCCAGAAGAUUCUAUUCAGUCUCUCGGCGUUACUUCAGGUGAUCUUAUUUAUUAUUCCACAAACCCUUUUGCAUUUUCAUCUCAAAUCCCUAAUUCAUCAGGAAAUUCCCGGGAAACUAGAGUUAAUAUUGAGGAAUUUAAUGAAUUGGUGAAUACCCAGAAAGUAGAUUCUGGUAAAUUGGAUGAAUUGGACGUUCCUAGCGUUGAAUUUAGGGAUUUGAAUGAUGCCCAGGUGGAAGGAACCUCGAAUUUGACUAACCCUAAUGAUACUGGAAAUUUAGAAAAUACCCAGAUGAUUGAAUUCUCUAAAGUUGAUGAAUUAAUUGGUUCGAGCGCUCGAACUCGAGAAAUUGUGGAUGCCCAGUUGGAAGGUUCAUCAAAUUUGAAUGAUCCUAAUGUGGAAAAUUCAAUUGACUUAGUUGAGGAGAUUGAUGGAAUGGAGGUUGAUGAUGAAUCUGAAUCAGAUGGAAAUUAUAGGUUUUCUGUCCCAAGUUUUUUGAAGAAAGUAUAUGUGAAGGAGGUAGGAGAUGCUGCUGCUAAUGGUGAUCAUAAGCUCUUGGUGAUUGCUGUUCAUGCUGUUCUAUUGGAGUCUGGAUUUGUGGCAUAUGACUCGGUUUCGCACAGGAAAGUUGAGGGAUUUCAUCUGGCUGAUGUUUGGCCCUCUUUAGCUUUUGGUAUGACUUUGCAUUAUACUCUACCUGAGGUUUCAACGUCUGAGGUUGUUGAGACUGUUGUUUUGAAUUUCCAAAGUAUGGGAAAGUUUGUGAAUAUAUAUGGUUCUUUGCCAAAGAAAGGAUUUGGGGUCCAUCGAGUGUGCUUGGAUGAACCACGGUUCCUCCCGGCUUUGAGUUUUAUCUGGAAAAGGGGUGAUGAUAGUCGUUCUCAUGAUGAGAUGGAUGACUCCAAGAAGUUAUCCCCAAAUCAAGAGAUUUUUGAGUUCUGGAAGAUUGUCAAGGAUGGCCUUUCAUAUCCUCUUCUAAUCGACCUUUGUGAACGAGUGGGUGUAGUCCCUCCACCUUGCUUCAUGCGCCUUCCCACGGAGCUUAAACUUAAGAUCUUGGAGUCCCUUCCUGCAGUAGAUGUUGCCAAAGUGGAAUGUGUUUGUUCAGAAUUGCGAUUUGUUGCUUCAAACAAUGAUCUGUGGAAACUAAAGUAUGAAGAAGAGUUUGGAAACACUGCAUUAUCACAAAGGGAACGUCAAUGGAAGGCAAAGUUUUCUUCUGUUUGGGAGAUUAGGAAAAGGAGAAAGAAAAUUUGUAGACCAUUGCAGUUCCGAGAGCCUCCCCAUUUUAGGCCUUUAUUUCCAGGUCGAAGGGAUCCAAAUCUCCUCGGCUCUCCUUUCAUAAUAGGUGGAGAUUAUGAUCAUCUGCCAACUUUUGGUCUACCUCAACAUCCAGGGCGCAGGACAUUCAGGCGGAAUUAUGACCUGGGAGGGUUUUGUCUUUAAGCUGGAUUGGAGCUGAAUUGAUAAGGUGGAAUUUCAGUCAUUUACUGGUGGCUUACUAGAAGUUCGUUAGUUUGCAUAGGGUACUCCUAGUUUUCAUGGUGUUUUUAUAGUAGUGCGAAAAUUUUAUGGUUUAACUUUCAGUUCCCUGUCUGCUCAGAUUUGUAUUUUACCGUUUAGCAGGGUAGUUUUUGUUCUUAAGCUCUGGUUGAAUGUUAUGACUUGUUCUAUGAUACAAUUUGCUUGAAAUAAUUAUAGAAGUAGCUUAAAUCUGAAAGUCA